UUUGCGCACAUGCGCAAUGUAGGAAAACAACCGCCAUCAUUUGAAAGCAAGAAACUUGAUCAGACUUGAUCAAAAUAUUGACGUCCGUUUAACUUACAGAGAAAAUGACAAGUGCUUUGGAGGACCCGUCGCUUGAGCGACAUUUCAAGGGUCACCGUGAUACAGUUACAAGUGUUGAUUUCAACCCAAAUAUGAAGCAGCUUGCUUCUGGGUCUAUGGACUCCUGUUUGAUGGUAUGGAACUUCAAACCUCAGAUGAGAGCUUACAGAUUUGUAGGACACAAGGAUGCUGUAAUGAGUGUAUGUUUUUCACCGUCUGGUCAUCUAGUCGCCUCUGCAUCCAGGGAUAAGACUGUACGGCUCUGGAUACCUUCAGUUAAAGGAGAAUCUACAGUGUUUAAAGCUCACACAGCCACUGUGAGAAGUGUUGACUUCUCCAGUGAUGGACAGACAUUGCUCACUGCCUCAGACGAUAAAACAAUAAAGUUAUGGACAGUGCAUAGACAGAAGUUUUUGUUUUCUCUCAAUCAACAUAUGAACUGGGUGAGGUCUGCAAAGUUUUCUCCAGACGGUAGACUGAUUGUGUCGGGCAGUGAUGAUAAAACUGUCAAACUGUGGGACAGAAAUAGUAAAGAAUGUGUGCAUACGUUUUAUGAACAUGGAGGUUUUGUGAACCAUGUAGAAUUUCAUCCUAGUGGUACAUGUAUAGCAUCAGCUGGGACAGACAGUACGGUGAAAGUGUGGGACAUACGCAUGAAUAAAUUAUUACAACAUUAUACAGCACAUUCAGCAGUGAAUGGAGAGACACUGUUAUAA